AUGAUGAAUAGAUGGUCGUUUUUUCUUAGAAUUAUUCAGAACACGCAGAAGAUAACACCUCGAUUGUUACUGCAAGCAAAAUUCACAAAAGGGAUCCUCACCGCUGGUUUAUCAUCUUCUUUGGCUCUUUCUCUUUUCUCGUCAGCAGAACAACCUAAAGUUGCUUCGGAUAAGCCGAAGAACUUCGAUAUCGUUGUCCGAGAAGCUGAUGCACUGUAUGAUAGCUAUCUAAUAGACAAUGCGUAUAAUAUACUGAAGAAGUUUGCAUCCAGCGACUGUUCGGAACUUUUAUGGCGACUCGCUCGAGUGAUAUGUGAGAAAGCGAAAUUAAGUAAGGACAACCUCGAGAAAUCGACACUUAUGCGUGAAGCGUUUGCGGUGGUGGAGAAAGCCAUUGAAAAGGAAUCUAAAGAAGGCUGCUUCGGAGCUCAUAAGUGGUAUGCCAUUUUGCUCAAUUACAUAGGCGAACUGGAUGGUAACAAAGCGAGAAUCCAAAACUCCUACGAGGUGAGAAAACAUCUCGAACGCGCUUUGGAAAUCUGCUCCAGCGAUGCGACAACAUGGCAUAUUCUUGGAGUUUGGCAUUUCUCCUUUGCUGACCUGGGUUACGCAACUCGCCUUGUAGCAAAGACAAUUUUUGCCGAGCCACCCACAUCCACUUAUGAGAAUGCGCUACAACAUUUUCUUAAAGCAGAGGAAAUUUCACCGCGUUUCUACAGUACCAACACGUACUAUAUUGGUGAAACGCUUGAGAAGAUGGGAAAUAAGACUGAGGCUAUGAAGUACUUCAAGGACGCAUUCAAGAUGCCAGUUGUGACGGCUGAUGAUAGCAGUAUACAUCAAAAGGCCUAUGAAAAGUUACGAAAAGCUGGAGUCAAAGACAGUGAACUGAUAUGA